AGUGAUGCACAAAUAGAAAUAGCCAAAACAAAAAUUUCAGUGAGAAAAACUAACCAUGAGUUUCAGUAUCGAAGCGUUUAUCCAGAUAUUGCUUGUCUUCCUUCUUCUCCCCUCUAGCAUUUGCCAGCUUCCCCUUGACGCCCUUACGCCAGACCGUCCCAUCAGAGACGGCGAUGUUUUAGUCUCUAACAAGCAAAUCUUUGCACUAGGGUUCUUCAGCCUUGGAAAUUCUCAGCACCGCUACGCAGGAGUUUGGUAUAACAAGAUUCCAGAGAAAGCCUUUGUCUGGGUUGCGAACAGAGACAACCCAGUCAAUGAUUCCUAUGGAGUGCUAUCGAUCAACGGUGAUGGAGGCCUUGUCAUACAUGGAAAGGACCCAACUAUCCCUCUUUGGUCCGCAAACGUUACUCUCUCUUCACCAAACAAUUUCACAGCGAAGCUUUUGGAUACAGGAAAUCUUGUUUUACUUGAGAAUGGUAGCCAAAGAGUUGUGUGGGAAGGCUUUGAUUGCCCCUCAGAUACACUGCUUCCCUCUAUGAAGAUUGGGCUAAACCGGCGGUCCGGGUUGGAGAAGCACCUAACAUCUUGGAAAUCAAAAGAUGACCCGGGAACCGGGAGUUGUACAUGUGGGAUAAACCCGAUGGGGGUUCUGCAGUUGUUUCUGCGCAAGGGUAGAGAAGCAUUGUGGCGGGGCGGCCCUUGGACUGGGCACAGAUUGAGCGGUACCGCUGGAGACUACAAUUCAAGUAUUGUCAACAAUGAAGACGAGAUAUCCUUCGCGUAUUUGGACUCAGAGAUCACAAGGAUGGUGAUAGAUGAAUCAGGAAUACUUGAAGGGUUCACGUGGAAGGAUCAAUGGAUCAAAUUCUACUCCUACCCAACUGGGUGGUGUGAUUCCUACGGACAGUGCGGUCCAAAUACUAACUGUGACCCAGCCAAGGACUAUAAGUUGUCUUGCACGUGCCUACCUGGGUUCGAAUCCAAAUCACCUAGAUUGAGUCUUGGUGAAGGUGGGUGCAUUAGGAAAGCAGAAGCCUCCACAUGUCAAAAUGGAGAAGGGUUCGUGAAGGUGGCGAGUGUAAAACUACCGGACUCGUCUACGGCACGUGUGAACAUGAGCAUGAGUUUGGAAAUGUGCAGACAAAAGUGCUUGAUGGAUUGUUCUUGCACAGCAUACACGAGUGCGGACGACCGGGGCGGUGGGAUCGGGUGUAUGACAUGGCACGGGGACUUGAUGGACACGAGGAUUUUCUACGAUGUUGGUCAAGAUUUAUAUGUUCGAGUCGAUGCAACUUCUGUAGGUCUUUGGAUUUUUUUUUUUGCGGUACUUUGGAUUUUGGGUGUUUACUUAUUUCAUACCUUCGUAGCUCAAUAUGCAAAGUCAGGUGGUUUUCUUAGCAAGAAGGCAAGGCUGGCAAUUUCACUUGGAUCUGUUACAGUUAUUAUUCUAUUACUUACCCUUUAUUGGUUGGUAAGGAUGAAGAUGAAAGGUAUGCGUAGGCAAAAUAAAUAUUCAUUUGACCUUACUGCUGGGUUAACCUACUUCGAAGAAGCUACUGGUGGAUUAGUUCCUGAUGAUAGUAGAAUAAACUCGGAGUUACUAUUAUUUCAUCUAAACACCGUAGCCACCGCCACAAACAAUUUCUCCAUUGAAAACAAGCUUGGAGAAGGAGGGUUUGGCUCUGUUUAUAAGGGGAUACUUUACGAUGGAAAAGAAAUAGCCGUAAAAAGACUAUCCAAGUUUUCUGGCCAAGGAGUUGAAGAGUUUAAGAAUGAAGUUCUUCUGAUUGCAAAACUCCAACACAGAAACCUUGUUAAGAUUUUAGGUUGUUGUUUUGAAGAUGAAGAGAAGAUUCUAAUCUAUGAAUACUUACCAAACAAAAGUUUGGAUUGUUUCAUCUUUAAUGAAACAAGGAGAGCACUUUUAAGUUGGACAAGACGCUUCGAGAUUAUCUUGGGGAUUGCUAGAGGGUUAUUAUACCUUCAUGAAGAUUCAAGACUAAGAAUUAUCCAUAGAGAUCUAAAGGCCAGCAAUGUUCUAUUGGAUAAUUCUUUGAACCCAAAGAUUGCAGAUUUUGGUAUGGCUAGAAUAUUUAGAGGGGAGCAAACUGAAGCAAAUACAAAUCGUGUGGUUGGAACAUAUGGUUAUAUGUCACCGGAAUAUGCAAUGGAAGGACUGUUUUCAAUAAAGUCUGAUGUGUAUAGUUUUGGUGUUUUAUUGCUAGAAAUCAUUACUAGCAAAAAGAAUGCUGGUUCCUAUGAGAAGUAUCCAUAUUCAAAUUUGAUUGGACAUGUUUGGGAGUUGUGGAAAGAAGGCAGAGCCGUGGAAAUCAUUGAUUCAUCUAUAGGUGAAUGUUACCUUGUUAGUGAAAUAAUAAGGUGCAUUCAAAUCGCACUCCUGUGUGUGCAAGAAUUUGCGACUGACCGGCCAACCAUGUCGGCAGUCGUUUCAAUGUUAAAUAAUGAUGCAGCUCUUCCUUCACCGAGACGACCCGCAUUUUUACUGAAGACAAUGAGUCCUAGUGGAGACUCAUCCAGCAACAGAGAAGUUUGUUCGGUAAACGGUGUCACAUGUACAAUUGUAGAAGCUCGCUAAAGGUUUAUUGUAUGUCUAGUUGCAACGAUAAUCUAAUUGAGCAACGUAUGGAAGAUUCUAUUAUCUUCCAAUUGGGCUUCUGAGUUAUAAACAAUGUAAUUAGGGUGUUAACUUGAAGCAUAUAGAGAUAAAGGUGAUCUCUAUCCAAAUGAAUUUUGAUUGUUAGUUUCUACCCCGUUGCAC